UGGUUGAUAUGUCAUGUAGCAGUGUUUUGUUUAAAAAAUCGUUAUUUAUCGAACUCGUAGGGCCUUCAUUUGUAGUCAUAAAUAUUGAGUACAUUUAGCAGUACACCGGGAAGUAUUUGUUAAGAAAAAUAUUGAGUGUAAACAGAAAAUUAUUGGAGGGAAAAGAUGGGCAAUGUACAGAGUACAAAACAGCAAGAUAAAAAGUUGGAUUUGACCAAUGAUGGAAGUGAAAAUGUACUUAAACUCGAUCCUAGGUCGCCUACUGCUGAAAUAUCUAGAACACCAGUACAGCUUCGGAGUCCCAAAAAACGUUCAAACAUCCCAAGAAUCACAAAGCAACAGAACUUAAACGACACAUUCUCGACACCAGCAAAAGUGCAGACUAAAGGAAUGCUCAAUUCUCUCCUGAGGGGCCGUCUUGGUGCCAACAUAGACUUACGUUCACCCAGUGCGAAUAUUGAUAGAACUCCAAUCGUGUUAGGUGCUAAAGUAGAACCUGAAGCUAAAGUAGUUUUAGAAGACGUCGUAGAUAAUAUAUCCUGCAUCACAUUAGAACCGAAAAGACUGUUAAAUGACACUGAUGAAAAGUCAUUGUGUAGUGCCAAUGAAAGUAGAAAGUCGUACUUAGAGACUAACCUAGAUUGCAUUGAGACUGACCUGGAUGCUGUCCCCAAGCUUAAAAAGAGUAUUUUUAACACCCCACACCUUAAGUCAGACUUGUUUGACCCUAGAAGUCCAAGUACAGAGUUUUGUAGGACUCCUAUUUUGCAAAACGAUGAUUCUGCUGAGUUUUUAACACCUGUGCAUGAAACUAACAAAGUGACGAUAGUAAACGAAAUUGAAAAAACACCUCUCGAGUCUGAUAAUUUCUUAGAUUGCCUCUCGCCUGAAGAUUUAAGCAAGUCCCCUGGCGAAGACAAUAUUUUAAACAUAUCCACAUCCGAUGUUGAAAACAAAAUUGUAAUCAAAUCCACAAAGUUGGAUGAAAUUAAAAAAGACUUUGCCAAAAAGUACGGCAAGAACAUCAACCGUGUCAACCAAGUUUAUGAAGAUAAAGAAUUUUACAAAGUGACUCCAAGAAAAGCCUUAUCGUCUUCCGGUCGCACACCCUUAUCUUGUGUUCGCAACAAACCGACACAUUUAAGAUCCAAAUCGGAUACACAACAAGAGCAAAAAACAAAAGUGGCACUGACUAAUCCCAGGACUCCUUUAUCCUGUUUGCGCAAUGUCGAUACCCAUCUCACAAUGGUUAAUGAUUUAUCGGCUAAACAGAAGAGUCCUAAGAAGGUUGUUAAAGGUGUUUCUAGAAUACCGACUUUUAGACCCAAGGCUAUGAAUGCUGAUGUUGAGAAUUUGGAUUCGAUGAGGUGCGAUGUUUGGGACAAAGACACCAGUGUUGUUAUAUAAUUACUAAAGCAA